AUGCAAGCCCUCCCAGUCGGCACUUACAAGGGAGCGAUGCUGGUUGUGUGGUUUAAGUCAGGAGUCGUCAUGGCAGGGGGCCCAGGCAGUCCGCCAUCAGCUAAGGCUGCAGUUGAAUUGCCCCCUGCCAUAGCUGAACCACGCCCCCCCAUGCUCAGCUGCGGUGGGGCAAGGCACAGCGGGGCCACGCCCUUGUCUGAUGUACCACGCGAGGACAGCAUUAAUGAGGAGCCUGGGAGGUCUUCCCUUGUGACGGCGGCGGCCUCCGAAGCAGUCGACGCGGACCAGCCCUCCCGUUUGGACCUGCUGCGGUCGCCAACCUGUGUUCCCAACCAGCCUGUCACCUCGGUGGAGCAGUCUCCUGUUGGCCGAGACCUUCAGAUGGACGACGCCCCUGCUUGCACCCUGUGCCGCACCCCUGCUUCGGAUCAGCGCUUCGUGGCAGAUCAGCGCCCUGUCCAGUCGGAACCCCGUCCUCUAGAGUCACCGCACGCUCAGGGGCACAUGGUCGUCCGUGAGGAGGAGGCGGCAAGCCCCUUGAACGUUGCGCGUCCGGCUCUGGAAGACAUGGAAACCGAACGCACCGACGUGCAACCAGAGAACGGUGCGACUGGGGGCGAGUUGAACGACUCUGAGUCCGAACUGGAGGGCGAGGCGGGAACAUGCGUCUUCGGAACCCUGGCAACCAGUCGCAGGGGGACAGGUUCGGGCCUCCACCAAUGCCUGACAAUGAUGGAUGGCUUGGGCCCGACUUCGCCGUUCAAUUGGAGGACGAGUUUGACAACAAGUGCACGCUUGAACCUCCUCUUCAGAGGAGUUUAA